UUUCCUAACCACUACUCACUGGCUGGUUAUGCACAACAAUCAUCUGACGUAAGGGAAGUGUUACACAUCAGACUAAAUAGCUAAAUCCCACUGGAGUCGAAAUAUGACAACCAAUACUGAGAUACCUACACACAGUCGCCUUGUGCAGUCGAUUGAAGAUUUUUUCCGAUGUGCAGAGCAUAUCGCCCAUUUCGCCAUAAAGAGGCCAUUGGGGUAUUUUCAUCACUACAUCGUAAUAGGUUGGAAUGAUGUUAAGAAGAAAAUCAUUGAAUAUUAUGUUUGCUUUUCAAACAUGAUAAAAGGGCAAGGCGAGGUUGUUGAAAGAAACAUAUCCACCACGGAAGUGGAGGAAGCAAUAAGGUCAAAGAGUCUUUUUGUCAUUGAAGCACCAGAUUAUCCACAGUCCGAAUCCGAAAAGAAAAAAGCACUUAGUCGAUUUUGGGAAAGAUUUGGAGAAAAGGCGUAUUCUUUGGCAUAUAAUAAUUGCGAGCAUCUAGUUUCAUACAUCUUAACGGGGAAUCCAUUUUCAGAGCAGAUAAAAAAGGCUGGUCCUUUAGGAAAACUUUUUGUUGAUUCUUUUGAUAACUGCAUCAGCCAUGGUAAAAGAAACAUGCUGAAAAUAUCAGGAUGUCUUUUAGCAGCAGUUCCUGUUUCUUUUUUCUGCAAAGCUGCUGUAACCACAGUGGUGAAUGAGGUUGGCAAUUUAAUUUCACGGUCCAGCUCCUCACUUCCAGAACAGGCUGUAGACUGUGCUACAAAAAACGUAUGCAGAAAUGCAAGCAAGCAACUCGGUUGUAAAUCUUCUCAAAUCCUAAAAAUAAAAAGAUGUACAAAUGUUGCUCGAAAGGCUAGCAAAACGGCUUUGAAAAAAUCUGCUGCAACUACUUUUCUUAUUACUGGCGCAGUUGAGGGAGCCUUUGCUGCAUAUGAAAUAUAUAAAUUAAGAAAACAAAGGAAACGUAAUCAUAUCAAUAAGAUUGACUUUAAACGAGAGGUCACGAAAAGAGUGUCCGGUGCAGCAGGAGCUACUGUUGGGUCUGUUGGAGCAGGACUUGUCGGACAGGCCAUCUGUCCUAUACCAGUCGUAGGCUUUGCUGUAGGGUCAGCUUUAGGAAAUUACGUCGGGCGUUUGGCAGCUUCAACCCUUUCUGGCCAAAUAGUUGACGGACUAAACUGAUUUGUCUCAAUAACAUGCUUCUGUAAAUACUAAGUAAACUGUUUUUAUGCAUGAAAAUCCAUGCAAAAACUUUUUUCCAUUUCUAUUAAAUGUAGCUGUAUAAAAUUAUUAUAUAAUAUAUAUAUAUAUAUUAAUAUUCAAAAUUUUGACAAAAGAGUCCACAUUUUCUUUAAAAGAAAGUUGUAAAAAUUGUCAACUGGUUUGCAAUAUUGAUUUGCUAUUUCCAGUUUUUUAUGUUGCUGUACAUAGCUCAGCAUUAGAUUAUCAUUAGUAAUAUUUCAUAUUACUAGUACUUAUUUCAUACUUAAAUUAAUGACACUAUUACUGUUCAUGUAUUUAAAAUAUAAUGGCUUCAAAUGUUUAAAGACCUGUAAUAUAAAACGAGUUAUAUUAUAUCUAUCAUUAUUUUGGAUACGAUUAUCAUUAAAUAAUUCUAAUUAAAAUUAAGGUUUGCUUGUUUCU